CGGGGGCGGCCCUGCCUGCGGGGCGCGCCUCUCCCUCCCUCGCCGCCGGUGGGCAACGGCAUCGCUCGCUUGGUCACGGCACCCCGCGUGAUAAUUGACGGUUAUUUAUUCAGCUGCCUCCGGCGGAGGCGGCCCCGAGCACGGAGCGCAGACCUCGGGCUCCCCGAAGGCUCGCUCGGGCGUCCCCUUGCAGAGGCUCGGGCGCUCGGGGCGCUUGUCCUUGAAGAAACUCCUGCUGUUGCGCUCGCCCUGCUUCAACGUGGACGUCUGGAACUUGCUGCAGCAGCUCGGCGGCCGGGGCCCCGCCCCCAGGCCACCCGUGGCGGCCACGGAAACUCACGCCGCUGGACUCCGCUAAGCAGAUGCCUCAGAUAGACGAGGUGCUUCUCUUUCGGCCACCUGCUAAUCUGAUUCUUUUUUUUUCCCUUUCCUAGGCAUCGCUCUGUUCUUCCGAGAAUAACUGCAAGAACUCUCACCAAUGUCCUCAGAACAUGUCUAAUUGGACAAAUCUGUGGUAUGUCUGGUUGAUCUUGCUGGGUGUAUUCCUGCUCCUGCUCUGUGGGAUCACAGCAAGCUGCAUCAAAUUCUGCUGCCGGAAGAAGAGGCCUCCAGUUGAGACCUUCUCUAGGCACCCUUAUGAUUUGACAGUUAUUGCUAUUGACGGUGACAGCACUGCCCAUAGCACAGUGACCUCCUAUAGCUCAUUGCAGUACCCUCUAAGUGCCCCUAUUAAUUCGAUAUUUGUGGAUAUGGAUAAGAACACUGUGUCCCCUCCAGCUUACAGUCUCUAUGCAAUGGAGUUGCCACCUUCUUAUGAUGAAGCUGUCCAAAUGGGUAAACAAUGCAUUGAAGGAGCACAGAUAAGCCAGAAACUCAAUGACAUCCCUGGACAGGUGACACCAGGUGGGCUGAGUCCCAUCCAGUAUUCACCUGAUACAAUCAACAGAGAUCCAGAAACGCAGGCAAAUUCAGAAAAUUCAGAAGAUGCAACGCAAGAACAGCCGCAGCUCUGACUCAUUUCAGAUGGGGAGUAGAGGAAGGGAAGGACUGUAAGAGUUAAAGAAGACAUGAAGAGUUUGGUUUUAUAAGCAGGUUAUGAUAGAAAGAUGUUUCCUCUCACACCCUUGUAAUGAUCUGUCGGUUAGAAGAAAUGUUUUCUGUGACUGCUGUAAUCUCCUGGUAAAGCUUCUUCAAGGAUAUGAAAUGAAGUAAAAGGGCAGCAGUUUAAAAAUGCCUGCAGAAGUGGGACAUGAAUGCUUGUUCAUCUGAUUAAAAAAAAAAAAUAUUCCUUGUG